UGCUUAAAAUCGAGCUUGAUGCAGCAGAAAGGACAUGCGUAUUAGGAUAGCUAAAACACCACAAAUUCUCAGCCAUGGGUGGCUGCAAAAACUUCUCCUAAAUGCGAAUGGUUACAGUUAGAUCCUAAGAUUGGAAAAGAUAAUUAUGCACUUUUAAAAAUUGUCCAUUUUCAAAAUCAAUGGAUACAAAGUGUUUAAUCAGUUACUGUUUUCUAGGGUAAAUUUAACCACAAAUUCUCAUCCAUGUAGAUCGUUGAGCCCUUUCUUCUUUGAAGAAAAAAAAAGAGGAGAAAGCAAAACAAGUCACAAUUAACACAGACAGGGUUCAACAUGGGGAGUAGGAGGAUUAUCCUUUCCCUACUAGUCAUUUCUGUUUUGGCUUGCUUAGGGAAACCCACCUCUGCAACUAAAAAAGCUUAUGUGGUGUAUUUAGGGUCACAUGAUCAUGGUCACCCGGAACCCAAUGACGAACAUUUUGCGAAAGCAACCGAAUAUCACUAUGAGCUUCUUGCAUCAGUAUUGGGAAGUAAAGAGAAGGCGAAAGAAUCCCUCAUUUCUUCGUAUACUAAAUACAUUAACGGGUUCGCUGCAAAUCUCGAAAAAGAAGAAGCAGAAAAACUUGCAAAACACCCUGAUGUUGUAUCAGUCUUUUUGAGUAAGAAAAAGACAUUGCAAACAACCCAUUCUUGGAAAUUUCUUGGGAUGGAUAAAAUUGAAGCAGAACCAAAGUGGAAAACAUCGGAAGGCAGCAAUCUAAUCAUCGGUGCCCUUGACACCGGGGUCUGGCCAGAGUCUGAGAGCUUCAGAGAUGAUGGAAUGGGACCUAUUCCAUCUAAAUGGAAAGGAUCCUGCGAUAAGGGGAUUCCUUGUAACAGGAAGCUAAUAGGAGCUAAGCAUUUCAAUUAUGGAAACUUAGCAAUGAAGGCUGAUAUCUAUAACAUAAUUGAAGAAACUGACCAAACAACGGCUCGUGAUACCGAAGGCCAUGGCACUCACACCCUUUCGAUAGCAGCUGGAUCUCCCGUACCAGGCACCAGCAUUUUUGGUUUUGGCCAAGGCACAGCCAGAGGGACACUCCCUAAUGCAAGAGUUGCUGCUUAUAAGGUCUGUUGGCCACCUGUUGAUGAAAAUACAAUAGGAUGUUGUGAUAUAGAUAUCCUUGCCGGUUUUGAUGCAGCCAUACAUGACGGUGUUGACAUAAUAUCGGCUUCUAUUGCUACAUCCUUUGCGGCCGGUGAACCACAACCUGAGUAUUAUAUGGAUGCCACUGCUAUCGGUGCAUUCCAUGCUGUUAAGAAAGGAAUUGUUGUUGUUUGCUCGGCGGGUAAUGGUGGACCUGAUGCGUCUACUGUUGGAAAUGUUGCACCAUGGAUCAUUACUGUUGGAGCAAGUGUUAUGGAUCGGGGUUUCUCUAAUUAUGUUCAGCUUGGUGAUAAUAGGCGCUUCAAGGGACAAAGCCUAGCAACAACAGCCUUGCCAGAGAAAAAACAAUAUCCUCUUGUUAAUGCUGCCAAGGUUAAACUUCCUGAAGCAGAUGAUUAUGACGCACUUGCAUGUAAAGAAGGUACAUUGGAUCCAGAACUAGUGAAAGGAAAAAUUGUAGCCUGCGUAGACGGUUAUAUUCCGAGAACUAUAAAAGGGCAAGUCGUGGCUGAUGCUGGUGGCGUAGGAAUGAUUGUUCUCAACGAUAUGCCUUCUGACUGCUACGCCGAUCUCCAUCUCCACCCUGCUUCUCACCUAUUCGAGAAUGCUACUACAAUUAUAGACUACAUUGCUGACUCUCCGAAUCCUACAGCCUGCAUAUCGAACCCGGAAACUGAUUUUGGUCUCAACCCUGCUUUAGCUUGUUUUUCCUCCCGAGGACCUAAUUCCCUGACAUAUGAUGUUCUUAAGCCAGAUAUUAUUGCCCCAGGGAUGAGCAUAUUAGCUUCAUAUUCUCCAGAAGGUAUGGCUACAGAGUUGGCAACAGAUAAGCGUAGACUCCUCUUCAAUGUACUCUCUGGUACAUCUAUGGCUAGUCCUCAUGUCGCAGGAAUGGUCGGCGUUAUCAAAUCUGCCCAUCCAGAUUGGACUCCUUCUGAAAUCAAAUCAGCUCUUAUGACCACUGCAAGAACUCGUGAUCACUUGGGCGAAACACUUCGUGAUCAAUGUAUUAACAAUGUGGAGGCCGAUCCGUUUGGGUACGGAGCUGGUCAUGUUAGGCUGGUACGCGCCCUAGAUCCUGGCUUGGUGUAUCCAUUAACAAUGCAUGAGUAUUGGAACUUCUUUUGUUCCAUUGGUUACAACGAAAGCCAGUUUGCCAAGUUCUUCAAGAAGCCUUUCGUGUGCCCUAAACAGAGCUGUACCUUAGACUUCAAUUAUCCUGCAAUUACUAUCCCGGGUCUAAGUGGAUCCGUAACCAUAUCUAGACUACUUAAAAACGUGGGUACACCCGGAAUUUACAACGCGUCAAUCAUCGAACCGUGGGGAAUUUCAGUCACAGUUGCACCAAAAACAUUGAAAUUUGAGAAAGUCGGGGAGAAGAAAAUGUUCAGGCUUACUAUAAAGGCUAAGGAUGGAAUGAAACCUAAAACCUUUGUUUUUGGUAAGCUUAAAUGGUCUGAUGGUGUUCAUAGUGUAAGGAGCCCAAUUUCAGUGAGUCUAGAGCAAGCUACUGAUUCCUAAGAUUUAAGAUAAGGUCCAACCUUAAAACUCCAUUAUGGUUCGCCACUCGCAUAUACAGAUACACGCAUCAAAUGGUCCACUUUGUUAUGGCAUUCAUAAUCUUGAUGGUAUAUUUUCUUCCUGUUGCUUAGAGUUUAAAUGUUAUAUAUACAAUGUUUGUAUACAAGAAAACCACAUCAGAUCGAUGGCAGAAAAGCCUUGUAAUGUGUAAUACGUGAAUUGGUCAUGAAGACCUAUACUAAAAAUAUAUUUAAAUUCGGGUUAUUUUUCUGAUGGUA